UAAUUCAUUGAUAUAGUUAAAGCAGAACCAACGCCGUUUACUGCCCUUUAGUGUGAGCCAGUAAGCGACAUUGCCAACAUGAUCUGUGAGGUGUGUCAACGGCAGUGGGAGCGGUUUUUGGACAUCUACAACCCGAAUCCAUCGGCAUUAUGGAUUUUCGGCACAAUAUUCUACACUGUUCUGGUGGUAACCAUUGUGUCUGGUUCGUUCAUGUUUAUGGACCUCACCGGUCUUCCGAAACGUUUACGAAAGUACAAGAUCCAACCGGGAACUAAUGAACCACUUACAUGGGACCAGUUGAAGAAGUUGAUAAAGACAGCAUUUAUCAACUUGGUUGUGGUAGGAACACCAACGUUGACUGUAUUUCACAUGAUCUCAGUCAAAACAGGUCGCUUAUCGGAUCUUCGCCAGUUGCCAACAGUUGGAGAAAUCUUAUACACAAUUCCAGUUUCGAUGUUGUUAACUGAAGUUGCGUUUUACUACAGUCACCGAUUGUUACACUCAAAACAUUUGUACAAAUUGAUUCACAAAAAACAUCACGAAUGGACCGCUCCGGUAUCGUUAGCCGCUGUCUACGCGCAUCCUAUCGAGCAUAUCAUCAGUAAUAUGGCACCACUUUACCUGGGGAUCUUUAUUACCAAAGCACACUUGGUUACAAUGUGGAUAUGGGCUACGAUAGCACUUCUUGGGACAUUGCACGACCAUUCAGGCUAUCAUCUGCCCUAUUUGUUAGGAAGUCCUGAUGUACACGAUUUUCACCACCAAAAGUUCAAUCAAUGCUAUGGAGCCAUCGGCAUCUUGGACUGGCUGCACGGAACCGACGUUCAGUUUAGACGUUACAAGGCCAAACAACGUGCAGCACUCCAGGACUCAGAUAAAUAAUUGUCGGUGUUUCACACGCUUUUCGAGAAGAAGUUUGGUUGGAAUCCAUAUGAAAACCCAAGGGAUUAAUGAACUUAUGACGAGAAAUCGUUAGGAUUCCUGGAUUUGCAAGACUUUUACAGAACUAUUAUUACGUUUUAGAGAAACAUUUUGAUUUAAACAUUUGCAAUACACAUCAUUAGCUUGUUUAUUGCUUGGUGAAAGUACCAGUAAAACAAAUCUGGCCAUACACAACACAUCACUUGGAAUAUUUUUAAUAUGUAGUUGUCGAUAAUACAUGUACUCAAAUGUA